CGAUCACCGACCGUUUUUUCAAACCUUGUCUCGUUUUGCUGGUCACUGCGAGAGAAGAUGCGGGCCAUUUGUCCGAUCCUCAUUCUACUGAGGAUAAGGAGGGGUGGCCUUUCUCUGAUAUAGCACGCCUGUGUAGCAGUGGAGAGAGAGAGAGAGGGGCAUUCGGUUCGUCUCAUUUCUUCAUGGCUUCAAUCUUCACAUCCACAUCCUCUUCUUGGGGGUUGGCUUCUUCAUUCUCAAGAAGACCCACAUCCCUCCUUCCUCAAAAACAUCGUCAAAUCCACGUUCUCAAUUCAAACCCAAUCUCACUUUCUCUCUCUUCGCGUGUUUCUCUCUCUAGGCCUCCCCUUCUAUCGAGAAGGCCUGCAUCUGUCACCGUUGCUCCUCCUCCUGAGACAGAGGAGCUCACCGAGACUGAAGAAGAAUCAGCCCAAGCUAUCCAACCAGAAGCAGUAGCUCAAGUCCCAAUAGGAGAAGACGUUUACGCUGUGGUUAUGGUUGGGUCGCGGCAAUACAUUGUUUUCCCUGGACGGUUCAUAUAUACUCAGAGACUCAAAGAUGCCAAUGUGAAUGAUAAGAUCAUCCUAAACAAGGUUUUGUUGGUUGGGACAAGGACAAGCACUUACAUAGGCAAACCAGUUGUGCCAAAUGCUGCUGUACAUGCUGUUGUUGAGGCACAGGGCUUAAAUCCUAAAGUUGUUGUUUUCAAGUAUAAAAAAAAAAAGAACUACAGGAGGAAUAUUGGACACCUGCAGCCGCAUACAAGGAUAAGGAUCACGGGCAUCACUGGUUAUCAAGAUUCACCUGCUGCCACACUUGCCUAGUCUUCACCAUUUUGUUUUGCUGUAUAUAUUGGUCAAAUUUUUUUGAACCAAAUAGGAAUCUAGGGUCUUUCCAUUUCUAGCCCGUGACUUUUAGAGUUGGGGUAGCUCUAAAGAGUUUCCAAAGAGCUGACUAGUAGAUUUCGGAUUCAUUUUCUGUACACUAUUUUUCUUUUGACAUCGUACCUAUGAGGCAUUGGUGCCAUAUUGCCAUGCUAUCAUAAAGAAUGUUGCUAUGUUACUCAGCCACAAAGAAUGUCAGCAUGUUUUUGGACUGCAAAGUAAUAUGUCACAAUAUGUUAACCUUCUCUAAAAAAAAAGUAAUAUGUUGCAAUAUGUUAA